AACUCUACUGAACGCAUCAUGAGUCUCGCCCAGCUCCAGUCCGAACGCGCCGACUAUGAGCGCAACCAAAUGCUCGCCGAGGUGCCCGACCUGGAGGACGCCCUCGCCAUGAAAGCAGAGAUCGUUGCCCUGCUCCAAGAUGUCGACAGCAGAAUUGCCGCUCUCAACCCAGAGCCGUCCGCCAGCAAGCCAGAAGUCGCCUCGUCCAGUGAGAAGUGGAGCAAGGAAAACCACCCGGCAUACCGAAAGCAAGCGCCAGCCGCAGCUCCUGCUGUCGAAGAGAAGAAAGCCCCCGUUUCGUUCAAAGUCAACGACACGGUGCUAGCAAAAUAUGCAGGCGACAAGCAGUUCUACGAGGCCCGCAUCAUCUCCGUCACCGGCUCCUCAGCCGCUCCCAUCUACACCGUCAACUUCAAGGGCUACACGGGCACCGAGACAUUGCGUCAAGAACACCUGCGCCCUCUUCCAACAGCUUCAUCUUCGACUUCUCAGAAGCGCAAGGCUGAUGGCUCUCCUGCAGUCUCCGUUCAAUCUACACCUACAGUCAGCACUCCGAUUCCCGGCGUCAUCUCUGCCGAGGCCAACAUCAAUCCUGCCCUAGCAAGCGCCGCAAAGAGGGAUCUGAUCAAGCCGCUCGACGGUGACAGAAAGCCUCCGAAGAAGGUAAAGACCUCCAAGGCACUCGAGAGCAGUAAGAGCAACUGGAAGUCCUGGCAGUCAAAGGCUUCUACUGGUAAAGCUGCCAAGGUUGUCCAGAAGGAGAGCAUGUUCCGCACAGGUGAAGCUCCUUCUGCCAGAGUGGGCUUCACUGGCUCUGGCCAGACUAUGCGUAAGGAUGUCGAGCGCACCCGUCAUAACUACACUCUUGACUGA